GCUCAACUGGUUUUUUGGACUCAGGAAGUGGGAGUGUCCUGCCAGAAUAUCUGCGUCUCUUUCUCUCCCUCUGCGUGUCUUUACCUCUCUCGCUCGCUCCCUGUCAGCCUCUCCUCCCUCUCCCUCCGGCAGAAGCACAAGUCUCAACACAAGGCAAAAUGUUUUUUGCAAAGAGUUUGAUCAGCGGCAUCAUUGAUGUUGUGAGCAACAUCGACCCGGCUCAGUUUAAGUCCUCAGACCCUCCUCCUCCUCGCAGACCUCUGAACUUCACCGAGUCUCAUGACAACGAUGAGGAGAAACAGUUUCGGAGAGUUUUCAAACAGCUGGCUGGAGAGGACAUGGAGGUGAGUCCAUGUGAGCUGAAGAACAUCCUCAACAAAGUCCUUGGCAAACAUGGAGGCCUGAAGACUGACGGUUUCAGCAUUGAGUCCUGCAGGAGCAUGGUGGCUGUCAUGGACAGUGACAGCACAGGUAAACUGGGCUUCCACGAGUUCAAAUACAUGUGGAACAACAUCAAGAGAUGGCAGGCUGUCUAUUUAGAAUACGAUGCAGAUGGUUCAGGUACAAUCAACUCUUGUGAACUGCCAAACGCCUUCAAGGCUGCAGGUUUCCCUCUGAAUGACCAGCUCUACAAGCUGAUUAUCCGUCGCUAUAGCGAUGAGCACGGCAGCAUGGACUUUGACAAUUUCAUUGGCUGCCUGGUGCGACUCGACGCCAUGUGCAGAGCCUUUAAGACCCUGGAUAAGGGCAACAGAGGCACCAUCGACCUGGACAUCAAGGAGUGGCUUCAGCUGACGAUGUACUCAUGAAGUGUUGGAGGGAAGCUGCUCCACAACAACAAAAACGUCUUCUCUUCUUUCAUCUCACCCUUCACUCCCUCUCGUGUGUGUGUGUGUGUGCGCUUGUGGCUGUGCAAUAGUGUUUGAAAACCCCCUCGUCAUCGUGGUAACGGGACCAAAGUGCAGCGACCAAAGUGGAGCUGAUGCUGCUGUUGCACUGUCCUGCUGCUGCCAGGCAGUGGUGCUGCAACGUCCCCAUGUUACACAUUUCUAUAUUUCAUUAGGGUAAAGUUUAAACGGUCUUGAUUUUUUUAUCAGAAACCAAAUAAAGUGACACAACUGACGAUUAA